UGCGGCGAAAACACGAACUACACGCGACAUCGAUCUAGCGCGGUGGCGUGCGGUCGAGUUUUUUACGAACGAAAUAAAGAAAUAAAUGCGGUUACGCGUAAUGUCUGUGGUGCUAGUGCGUUAAAACUAACCGGAGAACGUUCUGUGCAUGUUAUUUCAUUAUAAUGUUACUUCGUUUAUGUGCUUAGUGUAAGUUACUUGCUACUCCAAGUGAAGAAGAGUGAUUGUGUAAAGUGACUGCCUUACAGCGAUAAAAACGACUCGGAUACGGCUGCCGGUUGUGCAUGAGUUCAAGUAGACAGUAAUUGCAGUGAUAACACAUACUAACAAAUAAACAAGAAUGGCGGAUACAGACACGGAGACGCUCCCGAACGGGACCGGAGCCCUAUCCGAGGAGGACGAGAGGCUGAAGCAGCGCCCCGCGGACAUCGACGCUGACGUCCGCGAAAUGGAGCGCAGGAAGCGCGUGGAGGCCCUGAUGUCCUCAAAGCUGUUCCGCGAGGAGCUGGAGCGCGUGCUGGAUCAACAGCUGCACGAGGGCGGCGACGCGCCGCUGCUGCAGCGCAUCCGCGAGAUGGUGGGCGGACGCCUGCACACCGGCAGUCUGAGGGGCCCCAGCUGCGUGCUGCCGAUCAACGACAUCCGAGGCAUCGAGGGCGUGGGAUACGAGAAGGGGGAGAAGAUCCUACGCUGCAAGCUGGCUGCGGUCUACCGGCUGGUGGAUCUCUUCGGGUGGACGCAGACUGGCAUCAGUGGUCAGAUCACCGCGCGCCUCAACACAGCAGUAGAACAAGUGCUCACAACCCCUCGAGGGUUGUUGCCGCAUGAAGUAACAGCGUCUUCGCUCGUCAAGGUGGACAUGCAGGGCAUCGUGCAGGACCAGGGCACCACCAACUUCCCCGUCAACGUCGAAGGGUUCUCGAUCCAUGGCGCGGUGCACGCGGCCCGGCCCGACGUGCGUUGCGUCCUGCACAUCCGCUCGCCUGGCGCGCUGGCCGUGUCCUCCAUGAAGCGCGGCUUGCUGCCGCUCUGCAACGAAGCUGCACUGCUCGGCGAGAUCGCUUACCACCGCGUGCCCAACGGCGUCCUCGACAACGAAGAGCAAGAGAAGCUGGUCCGCGCUCUGGGCCCCCACGCUAAAGUCCUGAUGCUGUCGAGCGGCGGAGCCCUGUGCUGCGGCCAGACGCUCGAGGAGGCGUUCUUCCAGGCGCGCAACCUGACGGCCGCCUGCGAGGUGCAGCUGCGCCUCGCGUCCGUGCCUGUCGCCGAACUGGCACUCCUCGAUGACGAUACCAGGAAACAGAUUUACGAGGCGUCCCGUAAGCCGCCCUCGGAGCAGGCCAAGUGGCGCGUCGGCGGCGAAGAGUUCGAGGCACUCAUGCGCAUGUUGGACAACGCCGGGUUCCGCACCGGGUACAUCUACCGGAACCCACUUAUCAAGAACGACGUGCCGAAGCCCAAGAACGACGUGGAGGUGCCUCCCGCCGUCUCCUCGCUCGGGUACCUGCUGGAGGAAGAGGAACUCUACAAGCAAGGGUUAUGGAAGAAGGGCGGAGGCGUCCGCGGCGAGCGUACUCGCUGGCUGAACUCUCCCAACGUGUAUCAGAAAGUGGAAGUGCUCGAGACUGGUACCCCCGACCCGCGCAAGAUCACCAAGUGGGUGGACGCUAACAACGAAGAGUGGGUGCAAGAUGGGUCGCCGGCGCACUCCAGCACGCCGGUCAAAAUUGACACCCUCCAGUUUGUGCCUAAGAACACCAAUCCUAAAGAAUUCAAGGCCCUCCAACAACAGAUAAAGGACAAUAGGCGCGCGGACAAGAUCAGCGCGGGCCCGCAAUCGCACAUUCUAGAAGGCGUCACGUGGGACGAGGCAGCCAAGUUGGUCGGCGAGGACGCCCAUAACACGCACACUGGGGACCAUGUUGUGCUGAUGGGCGCGGCGUCCAAGGGCAUCAUCCAGCGCGGCUACCAGCACAACGCGACGGUGUACAGUGCGCCGUAUGCGCGCAACCCCUUCGACCACAUCUCGGACACCGACAUCGACGAGUACCGCCGGACCGUCGAGCGGAAACAACGCAGCGAUUACGACACAGACUUGUCCGAGUCCGAAGCGCUGAGCGCGGCUCAACUGACGUCCCCCGCGUCCGCGCGCUCCGAGACCGAGGAGGAGUCACGAGAUGAACAUCGCGUGCUAAGAAUAGAGACAAAGCAGGCCCCGGUUAGGAGCCAACCAGAGGUCGUGCUUAGCGACGACUUCCUAAACGCGGAGCGCAUUCACGCCGACAGGACCAAAGGAGAGCACACUGUCAAUGGUGACCAUUCUGAUGCACAUCAGAGUACAUUCUCUCACAGCAGUAAAGAGUACCUUCCUGCGAUGACGUGGCCAAGAUGGCUGAACGGGGGCUCGCCAUCAAAGGAGGUGUCUACCGAGGACUCGCCGAAGAAAGAUAAGAAGAAGAAGAAGGGACUCCGGACGCCCUCGUUCCUGAAGAAGAAGAAGGAGAAGAAGAAGGAAAAGUCCAGCACGCCGCAGCCCGCCUAGAGAUAAAACUAAAAAUCGACACUGCCAUCUCGCUUUCAAUAUACUUGUAAUUUUAACUAAGGUUUGGACAGCAUUGUGCCACUUGACACUGUAUCUGUUAUUUGGGGCUUCACAGGGACGUAUUUAGGAGUUGUGGCGGACAAGCGCCAUCUAGCGUACGUUUUAUGAACCAAUAGAGUAUUUCACCGGGUCAAAGAUACAUUUUUAAAAUGCUAACUUACAAAUAGAAGCAAGUCUAAGCGUGGUAUUAAUAAACGAAUCUCAGCUGAGACUGCCCUCAACUCCUCAAGAUCAUGCUCAAGUCCCUGUUUUUAUAUGAGAACUGUCACAUUGACAUGAUUUUGACAUGAUCAUUGACAGUCUCGAAGCUGAGAUUAGUUUAUUAAUCCCAUGUUAAAAUGAUAACUUACAAAUAGAAGCAAGUCUAAGCGUGGUAAUAAACUAAUCUCAGCUUCGAGGCUGUCCUCAAAAUCAUGUCAAUGUAACAGUUCUUUAUAAAAACAGGGACUUGAGCUGUCUUAAGGGCAGUCUCAGCUGUGAUACACAUACAUAAACUCACGCCCGUAAUCCCUAAUGGGGUGGGCAGAGCCACAAGUAAUCAAAGACAACUUGCAGCCACUGUUGAUACUGUUGUUGUGAUUAGUUUAUUAAUACCACCCUAAGAUGACCAAAAAUCAAUCUCAUUUUGCUUUUAGACUUAUUGUUAAAUAAUCCGCAAAUAAAAUUCGAAAAUGAGUACCUGUAACGCUUUUAUUGAUACAAAUUCCAAAGAAAACGUUCGUUUUGACGUUGGAUUCAUAUUUUUUAAAUAAUCACUAACCGCGUCCGUCACUAAAUACGCCCCUGGCUUAGAGUGUAUAUACGUCAUUUAGAUAUUGUUAUAACGUAUAAAUAGACUCCAGAUCAUACGCUAGUUUCUAUGGAAUUAUCGUCUUGUUGUCCCAUUAUUGGUCUGGCAGAAAGAGACAAAAAUUAUGGUCACAUGAGCUUAUUUAGACCAGGAGUCAAAAGAUGGAUUGCUUCAAUGUGGCCCCUUUUCAACCCCUAGGUGUUAAAAAUAGGCCACAUUGGAGCGAUUUAUUAAAAAAGCAGUCAAAUUGCUUGCGCAUGUAGAAAGCAAGUGCGCAAUGUCAACAAAUAUCAAAUAGCAAUAUUGUUUUUUGAAUGUAUUGCUUCAAUGUGGCCUUUUUAAACCUAUGCGGGGUUAAAUGAGUUCAAUAAACCCCAAGCCGUGUGAGUUUUUAAAACCAACUUCAAUAUACUCCUGUGUUGAACUAGCGGCACCCUAUGAUGGCCGUUUUGACGUUUGUUUAGCUCAUCAAGGUUCGCUUUAUUUAAUGCUAUAGUGAUGGUGCAAAUUGCUGUACUUUAUUGUGUUAAAAACGGCCAUCAUAGGGUGCCGCUAGUUUAGGCAACAUUUUUUGCUUAUUAAUUAAUGCCAAUGUUGCCAAAAAGCGAAUUAACUUAUUUUUUGCUUUUGCCAAUGUAAGGCCGGACCGAAAAUAGUUUUGGAAAUUCUGCCUGAAGAUUGUUAUGUAAAUGUCGGGAAUGGUCAACAACUUAUGUAAGCGUGAUAUCAAACGGCAAGAGUAGAGAGCAUACCUCAUUGUGUUGCUCUGAUGCGAAGUGCGUUCAGUGAGCGACCAUAAUAGGACAACGGAAAGAAUAUUCUGGGUCACUCUAGAAGGUCAAAUUUCUUGUUUAUUUCUUUACCAUAACCAAUUGUAAACUUAAACGCACGCGAUCCCCUCUGCCGAAGUGCCUGAAUCGGUUCGUGUUCUAAUUGUGUGACGAUUUUGUCUUGAAUGAAAACAGAUGUUAAAUAUAAAUUAUUGAUAUUUUAUAUGAAUUGCUUCAAUGUACGAUAAAUUGUAGCUUAAAAAUGACCCUUAUAGAGCCUGAAAAGGCCACAUUGAAGCAGUUCAUCUAAAAAGCUUUACUGCUAUUUGUUAUUUAUUGACAAUGCGCACUUACUUUUAUAUGCCGAAACGUUAAAUUUUUAUAUGAACUGCUUCAAUGGAAUCAACGAAAAAUUUGACCUUAAAAAUGACCAUUUUAGACCAGUUCAUAUAAUGAAGUGUGUAACAAACAUUCUUUGCUACUCGUAAUUUCUUUAGAAAUUAGAUAUGUUUAGAAACUAAUAAUUGGUAUGAACAAAAAAGUAUUUGGUAUGACCCCUGAGGGGUUAAAAAGGCCACAUUAGGGCAAUUCAUCCAAAUAUUGCAAUUUGGCAUUUGCGUAUAUGAAAGUGAGUGCGCCAUGCCAACAAAUGUCAAUAAGCAAUAUUCAGUUUUUAGGUGAAAUGCUCCAAUGUGGCCUUUUUAACCCCCCUGGUACAGCUUGUUUAAUCUUUAAGGUUAUUGUGUAUCUUUGUAAUAGCAUCAUGCCUGUAUCCCCGAAGGGGUAGGCGGAAGUGUAUAGUAGAUGUUUAUAAUUUAUGAUCCAAACAUGAAUUCGGAAAUCAUUGGUUAAUUCGAACCUGCGACCUCACAGCGAGAGACAAGCGUUCUUGCAACUGAUCUAACAUGGGUACGUCACAAUAACCAUGGUAUAAAAAAAUCAGGUAUGCUCAAAAGUGACAGCUAACAUUUCAAAGUUAGCCCAGUUGACGUCAUCCCACCCUGCGUUGCCAUUUCGUAAAAAAUAAAUUACCCACGACCAUAAUUUUUAUAUUUAUUAUGCAAGGAAAUUUUGAACAUUUAGUAAAAGAGUUACUUACAGUUUUAUGAUUUUUAUAUAUGUGACAAGUAAUAGUAAUUAAAUACAUAAGUCAGUAAUUCACUUAAUUUUAAAUAAUAAAAUUUACCUCCUUGGAAUGUUGGAGAUACCAAUUGAAUGGUAACACUUACGUCAUCAAAGGGCUAGCAAUGGCGGCUUGUCAUAGGAUUGAGCAUACCUGGUCUUCUUAUACCAUGACAACAUUAUAUUGGUACAUAAUAAUCUUAAUGAUUUUAAAAUAGAUCAAAAAAAUCAAACCUUUUCAGAGACAAAUAUACUUUAAAAACUGAAAGUAUUUUUGCCCUAAAAAGUUUCGAUUGAAUUCUUACACAACAAUAAAUAAUGAUUUUUUGUCAACUUGUUUUUAUAUACGUAAUAUCUAGCCCCACCUUGGCAACUAUGUUGGUUAGGCUGCUAACAGUUUUGACUUUACUUAUGUGACUUCACCCUAUCAGCUUAUUCGGGUGGGCAGAAAAACUGUCUUGCAAGAAUGAAAAAGUAUUUAAAAGCAAGCUACUUCAAAACUCCAAUCGAGUUUGCAACUUUUUGUAUAAUUCUUACAUGAAUUUUUAAUUCUUUGUGUUGUUAAUAAACUAUUCAUGUGAUUUUAUCAAAAACGGUCCCGUCAAAAUCAAGAAUUUAAUUGAAAGUGUGCAUAGUUCUAGAAGUGUCCGUAUAAUUAAAAAAUAUAUUUCAAUGAAGUCUCAUAAGUUUUGUCAAAGUAUAAAAUUGAAUAGAUGGCGCUUUCUUCCGAGCAAGUUGGCGAGUAUGCUCGGUGCACGUAGGGUUAAGAGCUAAGUAGACAGCCUUCUUUAUUUAAUUGUCGAUUUUUUCUUUUCUUAUGACUUGCCAAACCGAUUCUUAUGUCUAUGUCUUAUUCAAUCUACUUUUCUUAAUUUUUCUGUUGAGUAUGACUUCAUCGAAAUAUGUAUUAAAUUUACUUACUUAAACAUCUACUUAAUGAAUUUAAAAAAUAAAUAAAUUGUUAGAAAAGUGGGUCCCGAAUUUCACCUAAAGUGUUCCCAAGAUAAGUCGGCUCAAAGUGUAAAGUGGUCCCAAAAUAAAGCAAAGUGGGCUCAAAAAUUAAACAUAUUUGGUACAGUCAUACUAAUCAGACUUUGGUGCAUUCUAUACAAGUAUUCUUUCGGCAUGUAAUGCUUCACGUUAGGGCCAGAGGUGACACGGCCCUUGCCAUUUGUGCUUUUAAAAAUAUUAUCGUCCUUCAAAUAUGAUAAGUAUAAAAAAAUAAAUAUUUAUAUUUUCAAUGGAAACGGUUCUUUGCCCAAUUGCAAUGCGCAGUUUAGGCUGAUAUUACUAGAAUUUACUUGUGUUUUAAAGCCAAUAAUAUUGAUUACAUGGUUCAGACAUUUGAUGCUUACGCCCGUCUUCUAAGAUGUUAAUUCCAACAUUUCUCGACUCCACAGUUGAGGCGACCUCAAGGUCUUCCUCGAACUAAGCUCAAAAUCGGUAUUCUCAGACGGCGCCUCAACCUUACAUCGAGUUUACUCCAGUAAGGCAUGACGUAAUUUUCGUAUUAUUAUGUUGGCAGUAUGACAUGCUCGACUCCAGUGAGUAAAGUCCUCGAGGGCGUAAAUGUCAACUUGCUGAGGCAGAGACGAGUGAACGCUUUAUGCGGGUGAUAAUUAGUGUCUACUGUUUCACGGAAUAAGUUGAUUGAUUGUCCUAAAGACUAGUUAUGAAGGCUUACAUACCUACUUAUUUCUUUAAGCUUUUGUAUUGGUACCAUUAGUAAUCGAUAUUGAAGAGCGCGGUCUUCUAACACAUAUGUUGUUCACUUAACAGAAGGUUGUACCUUUUUGCUGCAAUAAAUAACUUUUCUUUUUACAGUAUCGAUAUAUAUUAUAUUUUUUAUACUUAUUAUAUUUAAAUGAUUAUUAUGAAAUAGUAAAGUUGUUACUGUACAUUUUCUGUUGUAAUAUCAUCAGAAAAUGUGAAUAACGACUCGUUAUACAAAUAUAAUAUAUGUUAGCACUCUAUUAUAAUAAAAUAAGAAUUAUCGGCUAGCUUAUGUUUGUAGAAUUUUAAUUUAUUAUUUUUCGAACUUGACGAGACUGGUCGUUUUAAUUCUGUUAAAAAAAAUAUUUUUCAUUUUUCAAGCUCUUUAAUGGGAGAGCAAAAGAAAUGUGUCCCACCGCGAACGACGCCUAAAAAGUAUAUUUUAUUUUAAUAAAAAAAAAUGUAAAAUAUUAAAAUACUUAAGAGCUUGAAACUUACUUGCAGACUUUACAAUACGUUUUUUUUUCUACACUACAGUAAAAAUAUCAUAAUGCAAAAGAAUUAAAACGAUCGAGUCAUUAAAAUCAUGUAUCCAGUACAUUAAGCGAUUUACAGCAUGUUGUUAAAGGGUCCAUAUUUUUUUUUAACAGAAAAAUGCUAUAUUUUUUAUUAUUUUAUUUUACCGUAAAGGGCCCCGACAAUUUGACAUUGCCUAGAAUUAGUCUAGCGUUGAUAAAAUGACAAGUUGUUUUUUUUAUUAUAUACAUAGGGUGUUCGGUGCCUGGACACGAGAUUUUAUUCAAAAGCGUUGACGUAAUAGGCUGAACACCCUGUAAUUUAAGAAAAUGUACUCUUAACAGGCAUUGCAAUUUUAUGUAUUUUUUAAAAUAAAAUAAAUUAUUAGUUUUA